ACUAAGACACCGAAAGUCGCCAAUGAGGUCGUCCAAAAUCAAGCAGGCUCUUCACCAGCUCAGCUUGGGAAAAAGCCUGAAACGAAAUUACAGCUGGUAAUACCUAAGAAACGAAAGCAUUCGAAAAAAGAUAAGGACGAAAAGGUUAAGAAGCGUGGCCGUCGUAAGAAGAGCAUUAUGGUGGCAGAGAAUGUUGAAGGAUCAAAUUCUCUCAAACUUGUUCUUAAGAAAAAGCCCGAAGUUUCCGACCCUGUUUACAAUGGUCCCCCGCCCUGCGCACCGGGUUUAUGGAAUCGACAAAUACCUCGCGAGGUGCUGCUAAAAAUUUUCCGGCACGGCGUUGAAAAAUUUGGAGUCCUACCUUUCCUCAUCACCGUUCGAGAAGUUUGUCCGGAAUGGAGGGCUGUUGCGGAGGACGUGUCCUUAUGGGAGAAGGUGGAUAUGUCAAUAGUCAAGGUGACGGAAGCGCAGUUAACACGGUGGGCCAGUUCCGGUAUGCUGAAAAGGGUGCGCGAGCUCAACUUGUCAAACUUCGGGCCAAAAAUAUCUCAUGGUACCAUCACGAAUGUGAUUAACAAUUGUCCUCGUUUAGAGGUACUUAAUCUUUCGUACAACAACAAGCUUUCCAUGGAGACGAUGGAAUAUAUCGUUAACAAAUGCGAUCGGCUACGCGGUCUCGACAUUUCGGGAACGACCAAGAACCGGGGCGCUAGUACUUGUUCGACGUGUGCACCAAAUGUUCUUAAGAGCCUUAUUAUCAAACGGGGAGAAAACCUCGUUCAGUUGUGCCUCGCGGAGAACGCUGUUGCCUCCCUGAAUAGCAUCCUCAACUUGAUACCUAGUUAUCUUUCGAGGUUACAAAUACUGGACUUGUCCAAUAUCACAAUGACCUGUUGUAUGAUCUUUCCGCUCGAGCGAAUCCAGGAGACGUGCUCCGACCUUCGGGUCCUUCGAUUAGCAAAUACACAGGUGAGGUUGGCAGCAACACCCCCAGCGGAGCAAGCCCGGUCACCUGGCUUCCCUUUGCUUGAAGAGCUUUCGAUAGCCAACCUUUUCGAUCUCGGUGAUUCGGCACUUGAGCGUAUCCUCAAAGCAUCCGAAAAACUCACACUAUUGGAUGUACGGAACUGUAAAGGCCUCAGUGUGUCGGGCCUUAUCAAGAUACCCGCCUGGGACCUAACGCAAUUGUACCUAGCCAAUUGUGAUGCAGCAACCAACCCUAAUGUUGAACUGAUCAUGAAUAAGUGGGCGCACAGUCUAAAAGUGAUCGAUGUAAGUUGGGUGUCGCAUGAUACGGCAAUCAACGCGGCGUUGCGCGCUCUAGCGACUCAUUCGGAAACGCCAUCGAGCGUUUAUGAUCUGGACUUGAAGGGUUCAUCGGUAUCAUUUUCCACGCUGAAAAUUGUCCUCGACCGGUGUCAGCGGCUGAGAAAGCUGAAUCUCACAUCCUGUCGUAGUCUGCCGCGAGGGAUUAAACGCGUUUUUGAAGGUCCUGCAGUGGUCGAACUGCGCACGCAGGUGUUAACCGGCAAGUUCGAUGAGAACGAGUGAAAUCUCAUCAUUGAAGCAACAGAGGUUGUCCAUCGCAACCAUGGCUCAACGAUGCAUCUCCAUUUCAAUGUUAACCUUCCGUGUAAAUGUGUUAGCACUGCGGAAGAGCCCCAGCGAACCAACUGCUACAAAGACUGGCUAAUUAGAGAAACGAUCGUCAAGUGAGCAGUGCAAGUUUGUAUGAUUUUGACUGUAUAUCAUCAUUAUUUCGCUAUCAUAUUACUUACGUAAGGGAGGUACCUAUAUAUAGAGAGGACGAUUGAAUAUAUAUAUAUAUAUAUAUAUAUAUAUAUAUAUAUAUAUAUAUAUAAACGCUCUUAAAGGCCUUUUUAGUCACUUCCUUUUAUUAAAAAGUACUUUUUCAUUCGAAGUUAUUACGGGGCCGUUUUCUCUCUUAAUUUGAACUCGAAACAAGGUACUUAUCAAUUUCGGGCUGGAUUUAGUACAACUAUAAUUUAUAGCCGCAAUGCUUAAGGCUGUAUUGUCUCUUCUCAACUAUGCAACACUCGAAAUUGGAGUCAACUCCAGACAUCCCAUCUAGUAUUAUAUAAGCACAUAAAUUUCAAGUGGCUUUAUGCACUACGUUGAGUUGUUCUACCUUACGUCAGUGAUAUUUCUUUCAAGGAAAUGUAUUUCAUUUUUAUGUUUGGUUUUCAACAGCAAAGAAAAAACACAAAAUAUAAAUAGGUGUCUCUGAAAGUGUUGUGGGCCAAUAGUGAUCGAUAAAGUCGGAUAAAGCUGACAGAUACUACAGGUACCAAGUAACUGACUACUCGACGGCUAGCAAUUGCAUCACUUUGGCUCCAGGAAUGCAUAAGAUAAACAUACAACCUAACUCGACUAAGUGCCACCCCGCCAUUCGUUUGUGUUCCCAGUGGUCUUUGAAAGGGAACUGCGUGGACUCGUGAUGCACUUCAAGGCUUGUUAAUUAGUUUGUUUGCAUCCAUUGUGUGUCACGUAUGUGGCCGGUAUUGUGUGCCUGAACCUGAAUGUUUGCAGGGCGGAAGCAAUUAAAAACUAUGUGGUGUGCAUGAAUUACUAGGAUUCUGUAUGUGAAAUGUAUGUUUGUGGUGAUGUGCUUGUGUUUCUGCAAAAUGUAGAAUGUGCGCAGUAUAAGAUUGUUGUACGCAUGACCGAUUGCACGACAAAGGGUAAUCGGCAAAGAAAAAUGAUGAUUCUGAUGGGGCUGAUGAGAGACCAUGUGAGAAUAUAGCUACAAAACAAGGACCGGAAAAGGUAACAGCAGAUGCAAAAAGAGGCACUACCACUUCGACUACUAGUACUAUAUGAACGUUUCAAGUUUUACAUUCAGUUCUGAAGCCGUUAAGCAUAGAUUCAGAUUAACAGCCACAUUUCAGAUGAAUUAUUGUAUGGAAAAUGUAAUGUAUUUAUGCGUGAGUACGAAUACAUGAAGGAGUUUACGAAGACGAUGGUCCAGUGA